UUCUCAGGUACUUGCUCUUUGGACACAUGUGGGGUCGAAUCAGGAUGUCUGGAGGUUAACAAUAAUAGCUUCCACGUUUGCUUAUGUCGAAUGGACGGACUUGAAGUCAACGACGAUUUCACGUGCGAUGAUAAAAACGGCAAUCGGUCAGCACUAAUUGCACUUCCAGGUAGUGAAUGCAGUAAUCAGCAAGGCCACGCAGAAUCCGACGGAAUGAUGUUUAAUGCUCUAUUGGUAAAUCAGGAGUUCUUGAAUGACCGACAUCAACAGCCAGCGAACGGGAAUCACGGAAGAAUGUCUUUUGCUCUUCUUCCUCCUGGUAACUACACCAUAGGCCAGAAUUCAAUGUCGGUUCAUCCCGGACCCGAGCUCAACUCAACAACUCUGGGACGGGAUGACGAACUGGCUGCGGCCAGGAUUGGGUCUCAGCAAUUCUAUGGCGUCAUCGCAGCUGCUGGUUCCACGGUGUUCUUCGUUCUUCUGCUUUUCGCAAUUUUUGCGAAAAUCCGGUUCAAAGCGUGUCGCAAGAAUCGCGAUGCUUCUCGGAAUACCGGGCAACACUUGCUGCAAGAGCGUGCUGUUGAAAAUGCGACCGCGGUGAUGGAAACACUUCUGGAUAAUGGAAGAAUCGUUCCGAAUCCGAUGUAUGAUAUGGGGGCAGCUGCAAACAGACUUCCUCUGAUGGCCAACGUAAACUUGAGAAGAAUCAAGUGUUUGGAAGAGAAGGACUUGAAGCUGGAAGAGGAAAUUGGCGAAGGCUGUUUCGGGAAAGUUUACAAAGCCACCUACCUACCUACAGGUCGCCUGAAUGCCAAGGGCGACGCUGCGUCGAUACCAUCCACAGUGGCGGUGAAGAAACUGAAGAAGGACGUCAGCAGCUGCACCGACGAUCACGACGCAGAAUUGCUAAAAGAGGCAGAAGUGAUUGCGGGAUUUACCCACCCGAACAUCGUUAGACUCAUCGGCCUGGUGGAACCUGCUGCAUAUGAACAAGGGAACGUCACCCAAGGAAAGCCCCAGGUCCAGGAGGGGGUACGCCAGCGGGGCGGAGCCGAGUUACUGCUUGCGGGGCGUUGGAAACUCCCAAGUCGGGAAAAUAGGCUGGACAACAAUGAGCAGAAAUCCGCGCAAAAAUUGCUGGCAGAUCCGUUUGAAAGCCUUUGGAUGGUUGUGGAGUUCGUUCCAAACGGAGACCUUGUUUCCCUGCUGCGGAAAUCUUCGAGCAGCGAAGAAUGCGGUUCACCAAAAACAGCCUUCACUCCUGAGGAACUUCACAACAUGUCUGCGCACAUCGCAUCCGGGAUGGAAUAUUUGUCGUCACUCAAGUACAUUCACAGAGACCUCGCCUGUCGGAACUGCCUCGUCGCCGAAAACCUCCUGGUGAAAAUUUCCGACUUUGGGCUCGCAAGGGACGUCUACAGCUCUGAUUACUAUCGGAAUUUCAGAGUGUCCAACAAUUCAAACAAUUUGCAAGUUGACCCAAGUUUGGCAUUGGAUUGGGAGAAGCCGACCACGAGAAGUUCUUCUGCUGCAGCGGCGUUGUAUGAGGAGUUGUACAUACCGCUUGGGGAUGAUUUGUCCCUAACGAAAUUGGACCCAGGAGUAUUGGUCUUAUGGGCGAACUGGGUA